ACUGAAUCUCAUUUAGACUUAUUCGUGCGUUGUGGUUGUAUGGAGUUUAACUAAGUUUGGCAGACAGGACGUAAUUUUAUGGAAAUGAUGUACGUAAAGUCAACAGCCUAGCAGCCUAGCGGCGUGUAAUUAAUGGCCUAGCAAUGGUAGAACAAUGUUUCAGCAGUUACCAUACAUGGUUAACAUACAUUAUUGGAAUGGAAAACAUAACGAUCGUACUUCCAGUUCAUGCGAAGACCCUGUAACGUGACCGCUUUUCCCAGCACACAAGUCCCGAAAAAUACGUAAUGUUGUCUGAUACCCAGCGUACUCUGCACGACAAGACAAUGAAAUUGUAAGGGCAGGUAACCCAUGCUAUACGUAACGGAGCAGACAACUGGCUUCAGGCAACAGAUUCAAGAUUUACUUUACGGUUAAUAUACUGGCUGUAUAGAGGCCAAUCAACAGUGUUUGUCGCUGUAUAGAGAAUAAUGACACCUCAUACUUGAAGUGCUAUGGAGUAUGGCGGACAAGACUUAGGCUUAAGCUCGACUGGCUUAAAGAAAAUGAGAGCGAUACUACACUCCAUUGGCGUUGGCGUCAAACCUUGAUUAAGGGUUCACAUUUUCAGAGGAGACAGACGGACGGACGGACGACAGACUUCAUGCUCAGGUAAUUCCAGCGAUUCCUGCAACAUCAGACCGGGUGGAGUCAGAUUGACUUCACUAACGUGUCAGCACGGGGUUUAGAUCAAAAUGGCUUCGUACAAAGACAUUCUAAAGGAAAAGGAUAACCAGAACUGGCUGAAAGGAUCCCUCGCCCUCAGGAUCACCAAGGCUGGCCUACGAGGCCUUGUUGAAGGGGAAUCGCAUCGCGUUCAGCAAAAUAUCCACUCUUCAGUCCUCCAUGCCAGGCACCUCGCUGCUGGAACAACAUGCAGCCUUUGUCUGACAGAACAUGUCUUGCCUUGUCCAACAAGAGGACUCUGCUCACAUCCGCGCAACUGCAAGUACCACAACACUCCAUUUAAGAUACACCGACCUUGCCCCUCACAGAUAUGUGAUGACUUUCGGGAUGAAAUAUGCGCUGUCCACAGAUAUAGUGGACCGUCCUGGAAGAAUACCAAAGCCAACCAAUGGUGUACGAACCAUUGGCAAGUAGCCAAAUGUUUUAUGCCACCUGACGGCUAUCACGAUGUGACGUCGUACGACGAGACAGACUUCAAUGGUAUAAUUAGCGUUAUGAUCAACUGUACGGAGUUCCAAAGGCGUAUGUCGUUUCCUAUUGGCAACCAACCUAACGCCUUAACUGAGGCACGUGUGAUAGGCCGCAAUAUUCGCCAUUCCCCGGAUCUGAAGUUGACAGACACAGACCUAGCUGACUACUUCGCCACUCUGAAUACGCUUCUGACAGACUCUACAUUUCUGGCCAGUGACAUGGAUGCCCAGCAAGCUGUUCUUAAACUGCAACAGCUUGAAAAAGGCACCCUUCCAAUAACGACUGAAGAAGUACGUGAACUGCUAGAAGAAGCUAGAGCGACGGUAGAAACUGGCAUAGAAUCUGGCAAACGUCAGUUAGCGGAGACUGCGGAAACAGGAAAGAAAGAUAUAGAAAGCGUUGUGUUGCAGGGUAAGACUGCCAUAGAAUCAGGAACACGUCAGUUAGUGGAGACUGCGGAAACAGGAAAGAAAGAUAUAGAAGGCGUUGUGUCACAUGGGAAGCUACAAUUCGAAGAUGCAAUGAAAACAGGAAAACGCAAUCUAGAAGGCGUUGUGACGCAGGGGAAGCUUCAUUUAGAAGAUACAAUGACAACUGCUAGGGUAGUCACGGAGAGAGGGAAACUCGAGAUUGAAGACGCAGUGGCAAAGAGUAGAGACACUGUUCAAGUUGGUAAACGGGAGUUGGAAGAGGCCUUGCAGAAGAUAAAAGCUGUUUCUACCCUGUCAGAUGCGGAACAAAGAGGAGAUCUACGUCAACGGCUAGUCAAGUACUACCAGAAGCAGCUCAACAGCGCGCCCAUAUCGCCCCUUCUGUCAGACAAGGACGAGCGACUGGACAAGUUUUACGUUCCACCGAAGAUCGAGGAGAAAGACCACAGAAGACUUGGAGACGAUCAACAACAAAAUGGUUCUCCUAUUUCCUCUUACAAACAGAUUUUCUGUAAAGAAAAUGGUUUGGCCAACACCGUUUUCGUAGUUGGUGAGGCGGGUAUGGGGAAAUCCUCAUUUUCCGCUAUGUGCACCAUAAAAUGGGCAGCACAGUUCUCCGUGUCGUGUAGAGACGCUGGAGGAAGGGGUUUAGAUGAAGAUAGAGACGAGAAGACUUCUCUUAAACGGCCGCUAUUGAACAAAAAAGGUUUAAAUCAGAGAAUUUCGACGAACCGGUUUAUACUUAGAUCUUUAGUAAUAAAAAAAUAUAAUGUUCAAAGAGAAUUUCAAGAAUUAUUCGAUUCAUUGUCUGUAGAUGAUCAAUCGUUUGUAAGAUCUCAUAAGGAGGAAUUUUGUGAAUUAUUGUCAAAACCCAAGUAUGAUCUUUUUCAAGAUGAGGACACUCUUAGAGACAUCGAGUUUAUGUUUCACAUUAAAUUGCGGGACUGCUGUGAAUCCUGUGAACUGUCAGACAUGAUUCGAGAUCAGCUGAUCAACAUUAUUUAUCGUCCAGAUGAGAUGGCCGCUGGCUACGACACUAUGAUAAGUGUGUUGUCAAACCGAAAGUGCGUCGUCAUAGUAGAUGGGCUGGAUGAAUGGUCGCAUCCUACUGAAAGAAAGUGUUCAUGUUCGUUAGAAGACAAAGUUAUCCCGCAUUUAUCGCAAACGUUAGAUGCAACUGUGUUGAUUACAUCGAGACCCUGGCGAUUGUCCCAAAACCGCGUUAAAGACACCAAAAUAGGCGCAUACCUAGAAAUAAAGGGAGUAGCUAGCACACCGCUAUUAGUUCAGAAAACGCUGGUUUGCCUUAAUGGAAAAGAAGCAGACAAGAGAUUAUGUCUUGAUUUUAUCCGAUUUGUUGCCAGAAGAAGACUGGUGCGUCUACUCUCAGUUCCUAUCAUUGUAUUGUUGCUAGUUUGUCUGUGGUUCGAGGGAGUACAUGAAUCAUUUUCUUUUUGUGACAUAUACGCAUACAUGAUGGACAUGAUGUUUGGGAGAAAAUCGCUUCCUGUGCUUAGUGUUUCGCCCGAAUGCACACCGUUGCUAAAAUGUUUUAAGCAAACUAAACAUGUACAAAACUACUACAAUAUUGUAUUGAAGCUGGCACAGCUUGCGUUCGAGAAAUUGUUUUCGAGGGAUCGAAAGUCAUCCCUUGUGUUUCAAAAUAUUGACUGUUUGACACAAGAGGAGCUCCUGUUCGUUCUGAAAUCGGGUAUCAUGCGAGAAACGAAGUCGCAAUCUUUAAUUAGAAAAUCAUCGAGUUUCUCUUUUAUCCACAAAACUGUACAGGAAUUCCUUGCUGCAGUGCACAGUUAUCAUGCAGCAGUUCAUGAAGAUGUUCAGGAGUUUUUACCUAUCGUUUACCCAUUAAAGGACAGUUCAAUGGCUGAUGUAUCGCAUGUGUUUUUGUUCAUGUGCGGUAUAAACAGAGAAGUUGCACAAUAUCUGUCUGCAAUGAUGUCAAAUGCUGUAAGUGAAAAAUGUGUCACAUGGAUGUACGAAACUUGGGUUAAGACAGUACAACAAGCACUUUGUGCUGGUUAUAGAGAGGCAUUGGCCAACAAUGUACAGAAUAUUCAACUGGAACUAAUGUGCUUUUAUAUUGAUCGUUGGACUAGAGAUUUGUCAACCUUAAAGACCUUGAUAUCGAUGAACAAGUCUCAGCUACGUCAAAUAACUAUCAUUGGACACGACGAUGACUUCAGCGAGGAGGAGCUCCAGGCGUUGUUUAUCAGCUCAAAGAACACUCUCACCCGUGUGGAAAUACAUGGCCGUGCUGGACAGUAUGACCUUUCUGCGUGCUGCCGUCUACAAUAUUUGACAAUAUCAUCCGGGCCCUAUCCAUCCAAUAUCACGAUUAACGAAUAGUUUAGUUGAGUUGGUGUUAUAUGAUGUUUCGGAAAAGGUUGAAAGUAGUAUUGUACAGUCAUUAGAACACAACUGUGAGCAAUUAAUGAAGCUCACCAUUGGGCAUAUUAAGAACAUGAGCUUAUUUUGUGAGACACUUCCACAGCUGAAUCAUUUGAAACGAAUAGUUAUCUGUAAUACAACCCUCGGUGAUCACCCACUACCUCUCCCACCCUCUGUCACCGAUGUUACCCUGUACCUGGUGACAAUGUCCGCGCGGUUCUUGAGGGAGCUGGUGGAGAGGGUGGAGAACUUCCCUCACACUGUGAAUUGCUGUAUAUGGAGUUGCACUGUGAAACCGAUCAAGGAUUAUGAAGACAUUAAACGGUACACUCAAUCGAGUAAAAACAUUACGUUUGGUUGAUGCUGCAUUAUUUGUAUUUGGUAAUAGACAUUGAUUCUAAAGAAAUUGGAUAAUUGUUUAGUCAAGUGAGAUAACAAAUUCAUGCCGCAUCCACAAGUGAAAAUACGAUCAUUGUUUAGUAUGCUUAACAUUUUGUGUUAGUUGGUAAUUUACGGCAUAAGUGUACUGAAGUCUUGAUGACUUCAAACCAUAACGGAAAUGACGUCAUUGACAAGCUUUGUGCGCCCGUUGGUUGGACUAACCCUGCAGUACGGUCAAAGGAAUCCAUUGUAUAAUACUGUGUGACGCUGUUAAACUAUGAAUAAUUUCAUAAAGAAUGAAAUAUUCAACCUGAUAAGCAAAGUAUUCAGUGUUUUACAUAAUGUCAACUAAAGACCGUUUUAAGGGUUUUUCUCCCUAUAUAAAGACGCACAAUCUAGGUUGAUGCGAUUUAUUGUUAACUUUAAUGCAUUGAUGUGUUUAACUCAUUUGACUUAAAUGACCAAGACAAUUUGAAGCCUUUAUGUUUUAGAUACAGCUAACAUAUUAGCGACAUGUAGGCGCUUUCGUAUCUGGGAAUUUGUGGCCACGUAGCCAUUAUUUUUUUGUAUUAAUAAUGGAUUUAUUUACAUCUUUUUUUCUUUUCUUUUUUUUUUGGGGGGGGGGGUUAAGAGAAGUCAUAUUUGAUUUACGUACAUUUUGAUAAGUUAACAUAACUAAAAGAUACUGGGACUGGUACUGUGUACAUUUAGGAUAUGUGUGGUAACAUUUAGAUAAAUUAAUGAAUAUUUCUAUAAUUUCUAAAUCAGUGAAAACAUCUUGUAGUUCUAAUAUGAAAAAAAAAAUCUUUCUUAUUUUAUUAUAUAUAUAUAUGUGUGGUAACAUUUAGAUAAAUUAAUGAAUAUCACUAUUAUAUAAUCAAUUGAAAACAUUGAAAAUUUACUUCAGCUGCUUCUGUAAUAGGGGCCCAGUUGUAUUAACAUUCCUCUCAAUAUAGUACAGUUGAUUUAUUCAAACCAUUGUAUUCUUGCUGAUUGUUGUGUAUACACUAAUGUGAAUUUUGUUUGAAUAUAAUAUAAUUAUGCUCUAUUUUUAUAAUAAAUACCAUAACACUUGUUAUAAAUAGUA